AGUUUCUACCAACUCUUCUGUUAUUCUUAAUUUACCCUUCAUGUGAUCUUAAUCAUAAAACCACAUCUAUAAAUAUCCUAAUGCAUGUCCUCAUCAUAUCCAUCAACAACACAAUCACAAAGGGAACUAAACACAAAUGGCCCUUUCUAUGAACUUAUUAUUUCUUGUUCUCAUCAUCUCCCUCUCCCUCGCUCAUCUAUGCUUUGCUGAUGGCUCCCUCACCCCUCAAUUCUACGAUCAUUCCUGCCCUAGAGCUCAGCAGAUAGUGAAGGACGUAGUUGAGAAGGCGGUUGCCAAGGACAGAAGGAUGGCUGCUUCAUUGCUCAGGCUACACUUCCAUGAUUGCUUUGUGAAGGGUUGUGAUGGCUCUGUCCUCUUGGAUAGCUCUGGGACGAUCGUGAGCGAGAAGCGGUCCAACCCUAACCGAGACUCUGCGAGAGGGUUCGAGGUGAUCGACGAGGUGAAAUCAGCGUUGGAGAAGGAAUGCCCGCAAACUGUGUCAUGCGCUGACAUCCUCGCGGUCGUGGCGAGAGACUCCACAGUGAUUACUGGUGGACCGAGUUGGGAGGUUCCUUUGGGGAGAAGGGACUCGUUGGGUGCAAGCUUGAGCGGAUCCAAUUACAACAUUCCGGCUCCUAACAACACUCUUCAGACGAUAAUCACCAAAUUCAAGCUCAAGGGCCUCGACAUCGUCGAUCUUGUCACGCUCUUAGGAAGCCACACUAUCGGCGAUGCGAGAUGCACAAGCUUCCGCCAGCGCCUCUACAACCAAUCUGGCAACGGCCUCCCUGACGCCACCCUCGACAAGACCUACGCCGCCCAGCUCCGCCAGCGCUGCCCUCAAUCCGGCGGCGACCAAAACCUCUUCGCCCUCGACUUCAACACUCAAUUCAAGUUCGACAACUUCUACUACAAGAACCUCGUUGCCAAUAAAGGCCUGCUGAGCUCUGACGAGAUCCUGUUCACUCAAAGCUCGACGACGAUGGCGCUUGUGAAGAAGUACGCAGAGGAUAACGGCGCCUUCUUCGAGCAGUUCGCAAAGAGUAUGGUUAAGAUGGGGAACGUUGACCCGUUGACUGGGAAGAGGGGAGAGAUUAGGAAGAUUUGCAGGAGGAUUAAUCACUGAGUUGGAACUUGAGAGUGGAUUGUACGUUGUUGCGGUGGUGAUAUCGUCGGUUCUUUUGUUGUGCUUUAGGCCAAGGAAAACGUGUGUUGUUUUGUUGUCAGAUCUUGUUAUGUAAUUUGUUUAUUUUGUCAUGAAAAUCUUGAAAGUGUUGAUUAUCAUGAAACGUUCGUUGUAUUCCGUAUUAUUCAUUUCAUUAAACUAUGUAUCUCAUGAUUUUAAUUUA